AAGGAUAAUAGAAAUUCAAAACAUAGAAUUGGCAGAUUGGCUCUUCGUCUUUUACCUGAACUAAGCAGCCAUUAAUAACACUCCCGUGAUUCUUACCUUCCUCUUUCUCUCUCUUCACGUUUCUCUCACUUCACCCUUUAAACUUCUUCGUCUUCUUCCUUCAGCUCAGCUCAGCUCAGAUCUUUCGCUCACUUUGCAUUUCGCCGGCCGUCGAUCUAUGGAUUUUACUUGCAUUGCCGCUCUCUCCGCCUGAAUUGCAGUGUAAAUGGCUCAAAGUAUGAGAUCAAAUUUGCCUUCAUUCAGUUCGAGUUAUAGAAAUGAAGACACUCCGUUGCACCAUGCUUCUGCCUCUGCUUCUAUUGCCAAUGGGGAUCAUGGUUAUGACAGUGAUGGCUCCAAUUUCUCUACACCCUCGCAAGCAUCCAUUGCUGCUGGUAUUCCCCCAGAACUUGCUAGUGCUAUACCUUUGAUUGAUAAAUUCCAGGUUGAGGGAUUCUUAAGGCAGAUGCAGAAACAGAUUCAAUCCACCGGAAAACGCGGGUUUUUCUCCAAAAAAACUGCAGGUCAUUCUAUGCGUGAAAGAUUCACUUUUGAAGACAUGCUUUGUUUCCAGAAGGAUCCCAUACCCACAUCAAUGCUUAAAAUUAAUAGCGACUUGAUAAGUCGAGCCACUAAAUUGUUCCAAAUAAUAUUAAAAUACAUAGGAGUUGAUUCAUCUGAUCGAGUAGCUCCUGUGAGCUUGGAUGAACGGGUGGAACUUGUUGGGAAAUUAUAUAAGCAUACGCUUAAGCGUGCAGAGCUUCGAGAUGAACUUUUUGCUCAGAUUUCAAAGCAAACCAGGAAUAAUCCUGACAGACAAUACUUGAUUAAAGCAUGGGAGCUUAUGUAUUUAUGUGCAUCCUCCAUGCCUCCUAGCAAGGACAUUGGUGGAUAUUUGUCCGAAUAUGUUCAUAAUGUAGCGUAUGGUACAAGUACGGACUCUGAGGUCCAGGUCCUUGCUGUAAAUACUCUAAAUGCUUUGAAGAGCUCUGUGAAGGCUGGUCCUAGACACACAAUACCAGGACGUGAGGAAAUUGAAGCUCUUCUCACUGGUCGAAAGCUAACAACCAUAGUGUUCUUUUUGGAUGAAACUUUUGAAGAAAUCACGUAUGGCAUGGCAACGACUGUGUCUGAUGCUGUCGAGGAACUUGCUGGGAUAAUUAAGCUGUCAGCAUAUUCUAGCUUUAGUCUCUUCGAGUGUCGUAAAGUUGUUACUGGUUCCAAGUCACCUGAUCCCGGGAAUGAGGAGUACAUUGGGCUAGACGACAACAAAUAUAUAGGGGAUUUGUUGGCGGAAUUCAAGGCAGCCAAAGAUCGAAGUAAAGGAGAAAUUUUGCACUGUAAAUUGACAUUUAAGAAAAAGCUGUUUCGCGAGUCAGAUGAAGCUGUAACAGAUCCAAUGUUUGUGCAAUUAUCAUAUGUUCAAUUACAACAUGACUAUAUAUUGGGCAAUUAUCCUGUUGGAAGAGAUGAUGCUGCACAGCUGUCUGCAUUGCAGAUUUUGGUUGAGAUUGGAUUUGUUAAUAGCCCUGAAUCAUGCACUGAUUGGACAUCUCUCCUUGAACGCUUUCUACCUAGACAAAUCGCAAUAACACGAGGAAAGCGGGAAUGGGAGUUAGAUAUUCUUUCCCGUUAUCGUUCAGUGGAAAAUCUGACAAAAGAUGAUUCGAGACAACAAUUUCUGCGAAUAUUGAGGACACUUCCUUAUGGGAAUUCUGUUUUCUUUAGUGUCCGUAAGAUUGAUGAUCCUAUUGGGCUUUUACCAGGGCGGAUUAUUUUGGGCAUUAAUAAGCGAGGGGUACAUUUUUUCCGUCCUGUUCCAAAAGAAUAUUUACAUUCAGCAGAGUUGAGAGACAUAAUGCAAUUCGGUAGCAGCAAUACUGCUGUUUUCUUUAAGAUGAGAGUCGCAGGGGUUCUACAUAUAUUCCAGUUUGAGACCAAGCAGGGAGAAGAAAUUUGUGUUGCUCUUCAAACACACAUCAAUGAUGUCAUGCUGCGGCGUUAUUCUAAAGCUAGGUCCACAGCAAGUGGCUUAGUGAAUGGUGAUCUUUCUAACAAUUUUAAGCCCCCUAAUGUGGAGAUUUAUGAGAAACGUGUACAGGAAUUAUCUAAAAGCAUUGAUGAAUCUCAAAAGAAUAUUGACCAGUUAAUGGAAGAAUUGAACGAGAAACAAAGGCAAGAAGUGAAAUUGCAAGAUGAACUGGAGGGCUUGAAAGAUUCCUUGAGGUUUGAAGAGGAAAAAUUGGUAGAAGUUGCUUGUGAUCGUGAUAGACUUAGAUCAAUUUGUGCUGAAAAAGAUACAGCGCUUCAAGCUGCAUUAUUGGAGAAGAGGAAUAUGGAAAUAAGGCUAACCACUUUCAAUAAUCUAGUUGCAGAGGGUAAUGCCAAAAAGGAUACGAGUGUAUCUAAUAAACAGGUUUUGCAUAAUCUUCAAGAUGAACUGAAACUGCGGAAUGAAGAGUUGCAUGCAUUAAAAGAAAGUAUGAAAAGAUUUACAGAUGAAAAAGUGUCUUUGGAACAGAAGAUCUCUAUGCUCGAAAAGAAAAGAGUUGAAGAGAUGGAAUUGCUUGAGAAAAAAAUUGAACAAGAACGCAAAACCUUCAAGCUUAGAAUGAUUGAACUUGAGAAUAAUCUGGGAGGUGUUAGACAAGCUUUAGCUUCCGCUGAAUCAACUCUUGUAAUUAGGAAUUCGGAUUUGGCCGCCUUGCAGAAUAAUCUAAAGGAACUAGAGGAACUUAGAGAAAUGAAAGAGGACAUUGAUAGAAAGAAUGAGCAAACUGCCACCAUCUUGAAGAUGCAAGGAGCCCAACUUGCUGAGCUUGAUGCGCUUUAUAAGGAAGAACAAGUUUUGAGGAAAAGAUAUUUUAAUACCAUUGAAGAUAUGAAAGGCAAGAUUAGGGUUUUCUGUCGUUUAAGACCUCUGAGUGAGAAAGAGAUUGCUGAAAAGGAAAGCUCCAUCGUAACUAGAACAGAUGAAUUUACAGUUGAACAUCCUUGGAAAGAUGAUAAAGCAAAACAACACUUAUAUGAUCAUGUAUUUGAUGGCAAUGCCACCCAGGAAGAUGUAUUUGAGGAUACAAGACACUUGGUUCAGUCUGCUGUUGAUGGGUAUAAUGUCUGCAUAUUUGCUUAUGGGCAAACUGGUUCUGGGAAAACAUUUACAAUUUAUGGCUCUGAGGGUAACCCUGGACUGACACCACGUGCUACUGCAGGACUUUUUAAAAUUUUAAGGCGUGAUAGCAAGAAAAUCUCAUAUUCGCUCAAGGCCUAUGUCGUGGAGCUAUACCAAGAUACAAUUGUGGACCUUUUGUUGCCAAAGAAUGUGAAGCCUUUGAAAUUGGAUAUUAAAAAAGACUCAAAGGGCAUGGUAAGCAUUGAAAAUGUAACAGUUGUAUCAAUCUCAACCUUUGAAGAAUUACAAAAUAUUAUCCAAAGAGGAUUUGAAAAGCGGCAUACUUCUGGAACUCACAUGAAUGAAGAGAGUUCAAGAUCUCAUUUGAUACUUUCAAUCAUUAUUGAAAGUACCAACCUUCAGACUCAAUCAGUUGCAAGAGGAAAGUUAAGUUUUGUGGAUCUUGCCGGUUCAGAGAGAAUCAAGAAAUCAGGUUCUUCCGGUUGUCAACUUAAGGAGGCUCAAAGUAUCAACAAGUCUCUUUCAGCACUUGGAGAUGUGAUUAGUGCUCUGUCUUCUGGUAGUCAACACAUACCUUAUAGAAACCACAAGUUAACUAUGUUAAUGAGUGAUUCUCUCGGCGGCAAUGCCAAGACGCUAAUGUUCGUGAACGUGUCGCCGGCUGAAUCAAAUUUGGACGAGACAUACAACUCCCUCAUGUAUGCUUCAAGAGUUCGAUCAAUUGUGAAUGAUCCUAGCAAAAAUGUUUCGUCAAAAGAGAUAGCUCGACUGAAAAAGUUAGUUGCUUAUUGGAAAGAGCAAGCGGGUAAAAAGGGCGACGAUGAAGAGUACGAAGAGAUCCAAGAAGAACGACCAUCGAAAGAUAGGGUAGAUGGCCGCCAUUCGAUGUAAACAGAAUUUUUUGUGGAGUUUUUUGGUUUUAGUUAUAUCUGCCACUAAGAUGAAAGUGGUAGAUUUGGAGAGUUUUGAUCCUUUUUACAGUUUCAGAUGAUCUUAUUGUACUGAUGCUCAAGAAAGCUGGUGUAGCUCAAAGGAGUUAGGAUGUAUAGUAAAUAUCUGUAUAUAUAUUUUUUUAAAAAAUUACAUUCCACUGUUUGUUCUUGUAUGGAAAUUAUGUUUCAUGAAAUGAUAAAUUACAACUGAUCCAAAUCAAAGUUUGUUAA